GUUAGAAAGUUUGACUUAAAAGUUCGGGUAAAAUGUUGAAAUUAAAAACUGGCUACGUUACUUUUAAUAAUAAUAUUAAAUUAAAUAAGACAACAAAAUUUAAAUUAUUACUAAUAAAACAACAACAGCAGCAAGUGAACACGUUACGCUGCCUAUCCACAGCCCCUACUCCGACUUUAGAUUCGCAAGUGUGUAACGAGGGAUCGACAAAUAAAGAAUGGCAAAAUGCCAAACCUUUCGAAGAAAUUCCCAGUAUUGGUAGUUUAACUUUAUUGAGGAAAUUUUUACCCGGCGGUAAAUAUGCCAAUUUAGAUUUAACACAAAUGUUAAAUGCUUUCAAGGAAGAUUUGGGUAAUGUGGCCUUUUUACCCGGUUUCUUUGGUCGCAAGGGAUUUGUAAUCACUCACAAUGUGGAAGAUUUUGAAAAGAUUUUACGUAAUGAAGGUAUUUGGCCUAUUAGAGCGGGCUCAGAUUAUUUACAUUACCAUCGUCAUGUACAUCGUGCUGACUUCUUUCAAGGGAUUGAGGGCCUACUAUCAACACAAGGAGAAACCUGGGGAAAAUUUCGUUCUACUGUUAAUCCCGUAAUGAUGCAGCCCAAAAAUGUUCGUUUAUAUUUACAUAAAAUGUCUCAAGUCAAUAAGGAAUUUAUAGAAAGAAUACGUCAAAUACGUGACCCACAAACUCUCGAAGUUCCCGAUACCUUUGAGGAAGAAAUAAAUCGCUGGACCUUAGAAUCCGUUUCAGUUGUGGCACUAGACAAACAAUUAGGUUUGAUUAGUAAAAAUCGAGAUAAUCCUGAGACCAAAGAACUGUUUCAGGCCUUAACUGAUUUCUUUCUGUAUUCCAUGGAAGUGGAAUUUAAACCCUCCAUCUGGAGAUAUAUCAAAACACCAAUGUUUAAAAAACUAAUGACAGCUUUGGAUAAAAUUGUCGAUAUCACGAGUUCGUAUGUUAACGAGGCUAUUGAACGCAUCGAAGAGGAUCGUAAAAAUGGAGUGCCCGAAAAGCCAGAAAAUGAAAAAAGUGUUUUGGAAAAGUUAAUUAAAAUCGAUAAGAAAAUAGCCAUAGUAAUGGCCAUGGACAUGUUAAUGGCAGGAGUGGAUACGACUUCUUCGACAUUUACCGGUUUGCUAUUGUGUUUGGCUAAAAAUCCCGAGAAACAACAAAAACUACGCGAAGAGGUAUUAAAAGUUUUACCCCACAAGGACUCCGAGUUUAAUGAGAAUAGUAUUAAAAAUAUGCCCUAUUUAAGAGCCUGCAUUAAAGAAUCCCUCCGUUGUUAUCCUUUACUCGUUGGCAAUUCCCGUGUUCCCGUUAAAGAUGUGGUGGUUAGUGGCUACAGAGUACCAACGGGUACACAAGUGGUUAUGAGCACCACCUCUUUGACUCGUGAUGGCAAUCAUUAUCCUAGUCCUAAUGAAUUUUUACCCGAACGUUGGCUGAGAUCCGACAAAGAAACGAAUGAGAGUGCAAAAUGUCCUCAUUCUUUGAAGCCUAGUACUCCCUUCUUGCAUUUACCUUUUGGCUUUGGUGCUCGUAGUUGUAUUGGCCGUCGUAUUGCCGAAAUGGAACUAGAAUUGGGUAUUGCUCGUAUGGUGCGUAACUAUCAGAUUGAGUUUAAUUAUUCCACCGAGAAUGCUUUCAAAAGUCUGCUGAUAAAUGUUCCCAAUAUUCCGUUGAAAUUUAAAUUUACCGAUUUGGAUUAUUGAUGAAAACAAUGUGGAAAGUAGUGGAUAAUUUUAAAAAUUAGAAGGUGAGGGCUAACAUUAUAGUUAUAAGAAAAAUUUGAUGUCAUAUUAUGAGGUAAAAGAUUGUAUAUUAUAAACAACUCUAUUUAACAGUAAAAUAUUUAAAAAAAAUU